AGAACUUAACAAAAACCAAUUGAACCUAGCAAAGUCCUCAACUUUCUCCUCCAUUUUCCUGAAACUUCUCUGCCUCAAGUGAGUUAGAACCUUAAACUAUAGAAUACAAUGACUUCAAGACAGCCACUUCCUUCAAAUCCAAGACAUAUGUCAAGCAUAAUUUUCCUCAUUAUUACAACCUUAGCUUCACUUAUAAUUCUCUUUGCCAUUCUUUAUUUUCUUUACUAUCUUUGGUAUUCUUUAGUACACCGUUCUCGUACUAACCCUUUUGAUUCUAAUACACCUCUUGUUAAGCUCCACAGGUUCAGUUACAAAGAGCUAAAAUCAGCUACUGAAGGUUUUAGUGAUUCCACUUCAAUUGGAAAAGGUGGAUCCGGAACUGUAUUUAGAGGAAUUCUUGAAGAUGGGAAAUUAGUAGCAGUUAAGUUACUGGAUUCUGGUUCAUUCCAAAGUGAAAGGGAAUUUCAGAAUGAGCUUCAGAUUCUUGGUGGGAUAAAAUCUCCUCUUAUAGUUUCACUUCUUGGUUAUUGUGUAGAGAAAAGUAAAAGACUUGUUGUAUAUGAAUAUAUGCCUAAUAGAAGUUUACAAGAAUCCCUUUUUUCUGAGUCAAAUUUGUGUAUGAAUUGGAGUAGAAGAUUUGAUGUCAUUCUUGAUGUUGCUAAAGCAUUAGCAUUUUUACAUAUUGAUUGUGACCCACCAGUAAUUCAUGGGGAUGUGAAGCCUAGCAAUGUGUUGCUUGAUUCAGAGUAUAGAGCUAAGCUUUCUGAUUUUGGGUUGUCAAGAUUGAAACUUGAGGAAGAAUUUGGUGUUGAUUUGUUCAGUCAAGAAUUGGGCAAGAGUCAAGAAUUGUGGAAAAGUCAAGAACUUUCUGGGAAUUUAGGGACAUUAACUACAGGAACUGAGACUCCAACACCUAUUGGGACACCUAUGGAAAGUCAAGAUGAGGUAGAUUUUGCUAUGGCUUUACAAGCUUCUUCUUCUUCUAAAGGUAGUAAAAGUUUUCAAAAUAUUAGAGCUUUUGGCUUGAAUUCUGUGACUCAUAAUUUAAGUUUCUUUAAUGAAAAUGAUGCCACAUCUAGGAAUGUUAAAGGGAAGGAAGUUUCAGUUAUUGAAAAUGGUGUAGCUAGUUAUGAAGAGGAGCUUAGUAGUUUUGACCGUAGUAAAAAGUUGGACUUGGGUGCUGCUUUAAGUGGAGAUGAUAAAGCAAGAAAUGUCAAACAAUGGGGCAAAGAUUGGUGGUGGAGACAAGAUGGUAGUGGUGAAUUAUGUAGCAAAGAUUAUGUGAUGGAAUGGAUUGGAAGCCAAAUUUGCCCAUCAACUAAUCCUGAGUGGGACUUAGAAAAAAAGUGCUCUCCUCAGAAAACCAAUUUGGAUAUUUCAGCACCUCUGAGUAAAUUUGAGGAAGUGCAAGAAACAAUAUUGCAAGAACAAGAGUCAGAGAUUCCCAAGAAAGAGCCCGAGAAGGAGAUAAAUGAGAAAACGCGUAAUAAGAAGCCGAGGAAGAUGAAAGAGUGGUGGAAAGAAGAGCACUUAGAUGAACUAAACAAGAAAAGUAAGAAAGCCAAGAGGCUAGAACAUUACUGUAAAAAGCGGUUCAAGAUUCCACAUUUUGAUAUUGGUAAACGCUUUCGAUUCAAGAGAAAGAGAAAUUUCAGAAUGCAGGACCAAAAUGCAGAUGAUCCAGAUGCAGAAUUCAGUUUCAGGAAAGGUUGGAGGAGAAAGAAUUCGCGAUCAGUUGGUAGUGAUAUGUGGAGCGGUGAUCUAUUCAGUCGAGAGUUGAGUAGCACGACGAGUAUGAGAGGUACAUUGUGCUAUGUUGCACCAGAAUAUGGAGGGUGUGGAUACUUAAUGGAAAAAGCUGAUAUAUACAGCUUUGGAGUUCUUAUCCUUGUAAUAGUCUCCGGUCGGAGGCCUUUACAUGUUCUAAAUUCACCAAUGAAACUUGAGAAAGCAAAUUUGAUAAGCUGGUGUAAGCAAUUAGCUAAUUCUGGAAAUGUGUUAGAACUUGUUGAUGAGAGACUAAGAGAUGACUACAACAAAGAGCAGGCAAGUCUUUGCAUUAACUUAGCACUUGCUUGCUUACAGAAAAUGCCCGAAUUGCGGCCUGACAUUAGUGACAUUGUUAAGAUUUUGAAAGGAGAGAUGGAGUUACCAUCUCUCCCUUUCGAAUUCUCUCCCUCCCCGCCUUCGAGAAAUUUCAGUAGAUCAAGGAGACGACAGAAGAGUUAUGCAGAAUAGGUUUCCUUUUUGAAAAUUACUUGUUCAUGUUGAGAAAAGUUCUCAAGUGUGUAUGUUUAGAAUCUGAAUCAGUUGUUUUUUUAUGUAAAUAAGGUGAUUGUUUUUAACUGUCUUACUGUUGAUUAAUAACUGCAGGCCAAUACUAACAAUGGCAUAUUUUUAGUC